AGACCUUUACCAAGAUGGCGGUGCCGGUCACGUGCCAGGUUGCUAUGGGGGCGGGUUAUUGGCGGGCUGGCAAUGGCGGCUGUCAGUAAGGAGGAAUACCUGAAGCGCUACCUGUGCGAUGGAGAGGCCCCCGCCGGGAAAAAGAAGAAGAAAGUGAAGGUGAUGAAAACCGGAGGGAUGCGGAUUGUGGACGAUGAUGUGACCUGGAAGAACCUGAUGCAGGUGAAGAAUGAGGAGGAGAGAGAGUGUGAGGAAGAGGAUGAAGCCCCCCUGGUGGUGGAGUUCAUUGAUGAAAGGCCCGAGAUUGUUCGACGAAUGGAAGAGUUUCGAUCGAGCAGUAAAUGGAAGAUUCUAGCAGAUGAGAACGAAUCUGAGCCACCCCUGCACACAGGCAGCGCUUUACCUGAUGCUGGUGAAUCUGCACGGAUAGCAAAGGGAGAUAAUCCUCCACUUGAUCGGAAAACAAGUGACUUUUCACCUCCCAGGAGGGGACGGCACGAUUCUCCGGAACUUUCGCCUGAAAAACGAGCCGGAGAGAGGUCACAGCACAGCGGGUCUGCAGACCCAUCCCCAUCCAGGACUCGGCAGAAUUGUGACGACUUUUCAGUCGUUUCCAAAAAAUCCCACUUCUCUUCAGACUCGCUCUCUGGAUUGGGCUCUGAUUCCGAUCUGUCGCCUCCUCGGAAAGGACGUAAUCCUUCUCCAGACUCCAAUUCAGCUGCCGCGAGGAAGCGGAGCAGUGUGAAAGCAGGCGAGAGGGAGGGAAGAUCAGCAGCCGCCCCGCGUUGCCGACACGACUCCGACUCCGACCUCUCCCCACCACGGAAGGGCUCAGGAUAUUCCUCUGACUCCGACCUUUCCCCCCCCCGGAGGAGGAAUGCCGAACCUGACCUUUCACCCCCGCGGCGUGGACACAUCACUGAUCGAAGAGGAAACAGCCGAGCCACGAGUCCUGGUGGAAAGGAGAGCCGUUCGCCUGCGAGCAGGAAGGUUGGUCUGUUGUCAGCCGAUGUCCUGAGACAAGAGAGGGAGGAGCAGAGAUUGCGGGACACGGCGGGGGAGCACCUGGCAGAUGAAUCGAAAAACGCCACAACUGUUUUCCGAGAUAAAUCCGGGAAGAAGAGAGAUCUGCGCCAGGAGAGGAUUGAACACCGGAAGAAACAGAAUGAGAUGGCGGCGACAGCUGAAAAAUAUGCUCAGUGGGGGAAAGGCCUGGCUCAGGGAGAGCAGCAGAAGAGAAACACUGAGGCUGCGCUGCAUGAGAUGCAGAAACCGCUGACACGCCACGCGGAUGACGAGGACCUGGAGCGGAUGCUGAGGGAACGAGAGCGAGAUGGAGACCCCAUGGCGGGGCUGCUCAGGAGGAAAAAGGAGAAAGAGGCCAAGAACAGGAACGAGAAACCACGCUACAGCGGGCCUAUGCCGCCUCCAAACCGCUUUAACAUAUACCCAGGAUACCGCUGGGACGGCGUGGACAGGUCGAAUGGCUUUGAGCAGAAGCGCUAUGCACGUCUGGCAGACCAGAAGGCGGUGCAGGACAUGGCGUACAAGUGGAGCGUGGAGGACAUGUGAAGUGUACAGCCCUGUCCUUCACUGAGCGCACACUGGAUGCUGGUCUGGACACCUGGUGGACCUUGUGCUGAGUGUCGACAAAACUCUCCGGUAUUGUUCUUCCUGUGGCAGAAGCUGUGCGGAGCGCUGUGGCCGCUGGGCGUAACCAGGAGCAGACGAGGAACGUGAGCCCACAGUCUCUCGUCUUUUCAUAUUAAAGUGGAUGGAUUCCUGUGAA